AUGGCAGACGAUGUUGGUGUUCAGUCUUCACCGAGCUUCGAGCCCUCAGUUUGGAACCCAUCCACCACUCAUCCACCACUCAUCCACCACUCAUCCACCACUCAUCCACCACCCAUCCACCACUCAUCCACCACUCAUCCACCACUCAUCCACCACCCAUCCACCACCCAUCCACCACCCAUCCACCACUCAUCCACCACCCAUCCACCACUCAUCCACCACUCAUCCACCACUCAUCCACCACCCAUCCACCACUCAUCCACCACUCAUCCACCACCCAUCCACCACUCAUCCACCACUCAUCCACCACUCAUCCACCACCCAUCCACCACCCAUCCACCACCCAUCCACCACUCAUCCACCACUCAUCCACCACCCAUCCACCACUCAUCCACCACUCAUCCACCACUCAUCCACCACUCAUCCACCACUCAUCCACCACCCAUCCACCACCCAUCCACCACCCAUCCACCACUCAUCCACCACUCAUCCACCACCCAUCCACCACCCAUCCACCACUCAUCCACCACCCAUCCACCACUCAUCCACCACUCAUCCACCACCCAUCCACCACUCAUCCACCACCCAUCCACCACCCAUCCACCACUCAUCCACCACCCAUCCACCACUCAUCCACCACUCAUCCACCACUCAUCCACCACCCAUCCACCACUCAUCCACCACUCAUCCACCACCCAUCCACCACUCAUCCACCACUCAUCCACCACCCAUCCACCACUCAUCCACCACUCAUCCACCACUCAUCCACCACGCCAAGCAGCAUAG